AUGAAAUCGUGGCUGUGUGAGCCCCUGGCUGUGAUUAGAGGACGGUUUCCCAGCCUGGCCAAUCCUGAGGCCCACCUUCAGCUGCCUCCCACCCAUUUAAGAAGAUUUGGGACACCUGUUGGGGUCUGCUGGCCUAUGUGUGGCCAGUCUGCCAUUUCGUUAACUGAGAUCAUCGCAAGCACUAUUGAUUUGUCUUGUGCUGCUUUUGAUGAGCGACGCUAUAAGGACCACCUAUCAAAACUCAUUGAUGUUUUGGGGCUGUGCCAGUCUGAUGGAAGUGUAGAAAUCCUUUACAGACUGUUUAACCAUCCAUCCAUCUCUGACAGUGUGGUCCAAUAUCUCACCUCAUCAUCUCUGCAAAUACAUGCAGAUUUCUUUCAUAACUUUGUGGUGGCACCCAAUCUCCAAGCCUAUUGCCAUCAGGAAGUGGAAGUCAUGGCAAUAGAGUGUGACCAUGUGGACAUCCAGGCAUUGUCGCAGGCUUUGAACGUGGGCAUUCACAUCGUGUCAAUGGAGGGCGACAAACAAAAGCUAGUUCACAACAUCAUUCCAGAAGGUGCCGAGCCAUCUGUGCAUCUCCUUUAUCAAACGUCACAUUAUAAUAUCAUCUACCAACGAACUUGAGUUGGACCAAGCUUCCCAUGUGCCUUUGUUAAACUCAGGAAUACAGACUAUGCAAUAAAAAAAUGGUUACAAAUACAAUCAAGUUAUAAUAGUUU